GUGCCAUGGGGCGCGGCAACCAUACGACCGGCAGAACGCGAUACGGGCGGCAUACGGGCAGCAAGACGCCCGCGAGAGAGCAGCGAAAGAAGCGGCCGGCCAGUAGUGAAUCUCCAUCAUUGCUACUGCUGCUGCUGCUGCUGCUCUGGUUCUUCUCCCUCCGCCGCCGCCUCCUCUUUUCCUCGCACCUCCAAGCUGCCAUCGCUCCCCUAGCGCUUCAGUCUUGGUGGUCUUCAUCUCCAGCCUCUUUUCCCCCACCUUACUCGCUCGCUUUCUGCUGGUUUCAACGUUUCCCCCCUCCAACCGUCUAUACUUCUCUCGUCCAUGCCGCCCAUCCUUCCGCUACGCUGCACAGUCGUCUUGCCCGCUUCGUGAGCGUUGACGUCCACACACUCGAAGUUUACAACCUCUCGACGACGGUUGGCUUGUACGGACCUUCGCGAGACCCCUAUACGCUCUACCACGGUCAAUACUUCUGUCCUCAUCUGGUUUGGCCCUGUCCCUUCUCCGCGACCGCGGUGGUUCAGGGAAUCGUACUCGGUCGCGGCAGCUGGGAUCUUACGAGUUUCGGUGCUGGCGCAUUACUGAACGGUAUGUUCUUCAAGGCUUUUCAGCUGGAUACAGAGUUGGUGUCGGACACACGCGAUAUCCUCAGGGCGUUUCAGACCCGAGUCCGAGUCCGGAUCGCUGCUGUUGGAUCGGCGCAGUUCCCAGAGCCCAAACCGGGAGCGAAAGUGACUUUCGCUCCGUCUGGGGUGUGAUCAGAACCUCCGCACCGCCUUUGGCAACUCUCCUCCCCCCCUCGUCCUCGACAAUUUCCUCGACUCCCUCCUCCUCAGUUGAUGUUUCCCAUUCCGCAUCUUCUUGGUCGUAUCAUGUUGUCUCUCACCUUUUCUAACGCUCUGUUCUCCAUU